GUAUGUAUUUUUAUUAUUGAUUUCCUGGAUUUACCGGUUAAGCACGCACGUAUUUUUAUAACCUUGUAACUUUUACAACAUUACUCUAAUCUAAUUUUGUUUUAAUUGCUUCUCCUUAAUCUUCCUGAUGGGAAUUAAUUGAACCAUGUGAUUCCAAAAUUCCAUAAAAAUCACAAUUCCAGUCAUUCUAAAAAUUUUUUAUAGCGAUUGUAGGCUACGCUACCUGACUGGUUUUACCAGAGCAGUAGUAGGUGAAGUGCGGUCUGGUCUGGGUCUGAGUGUUUGGGUCAAAAUAAAUUUGAAGCACUUUGUUUACAACAUUUAGUUUUAUCUAUAUUACAUACACACUUAAAUUAGUACUUCACACUUACAUUUACACAUAAUGAGUACCAUUUUACAUAAAACGCGAAUAUUAUUCAAUAGUCAGACACUAAAACAACUUAAACAUUUUCAAGAUACACGGAAGUUUAGUUUGUCAACUGCUGCGAAAAUGAGAAUCGUGCAAUACAGACUGAAGAAAGGAGGAAAACAGCAUCUUGGAGCACAGCUGUCUUCGGGGGGCGAUAUAAUUGAUAUCAGUGCCGUAGAUCAUUCCAUCCCUAAUUCUUUGGUGGAGUUUUUGGGCCAAGGGUGUGGAGUCUAUGAAAAAGCUAGCAGAAUAGUAGCAGAAGGAAAAUCUGUAACUUCUCUCGAAAAUGUAGAUCUGUUGUCGCCCAUAACUAGACCCGACAAAGUAGCUUGCGUCGGAUUGAACUACAGUGGACAUUGUUCGGAACAGAAUAUACCUGAGCCAAAAGAACCCAUGAUAUUCAGUAAAUUUUCAUCUGUGAUUGUGGGACCAUACGACAAUAUAGAAAUUCCACCAAUCACGGAUGUAAGUAAUAGUGUUGAUUGGGAAGUAGAACUAGCAGUAGUCAUAGGAAAGAAAGCAAAAGCAAUUAGACAAGACCAAGCCAACGAUCAUAUAUUCGGCUAUACCGUAGCCCAAGACAUUAGCGCGAGGGACUGGCAAAAGAAGAGAAACAACGGACAAUUUUUGUUAGGAAAAAGUAUGGACACGUUCUGUCCUCUAGGCCCUGUAGUAGUUACCAAAAAUAAGGUCGAUGUAAACAAUCUAUCCAUCAAGUCUUGGGUGAAUGGCGUACUUAAACAAGAUGGAAAUACCUCAGAACUGAUCUUUAAAAUUGAUUUCUUAGUAUCAUAUUUAUCUCAGAUAGUUACCUUGUAUCCCGGCGACGUAAUUUUGACAGGAACGCCUGCAGGAGUAGGAAUGCACAGAAAUCCCCCAGAAUACUUGAAAAAAGGAGACAUAUUGGAAAGUGAAAUUGAAGGGAUUGGCAGAUUAAGAAAUGUAGUUGUCUGAUUUUAUUCGCCUUUUUAUAUGAUUAUGCAUUUACGAAAUUGUGCUUUUAUUGAUUUUAUUGAUUUUACAAUGUUAUACAAUAAAUAUAUAUACCGCCUUUUUAAAA